AUGAAGCUUUUACUCCUAUUGACAGCUGCUAUUUAUGCUACUCACGUCUCUGCUUUCGGAGAUGUUGGACCCUAUGAAAGAGCGUUCUUCUAUUACGCAUACCAAGCCGACGCCGCUGCCGCAAAGGAUGGAAUACCCACAAACAUAUCUCCCGGAUGUGGUACUUGGAGCAAGAAAGGGAAGGGCCACAUUUGUUCCUUCAACGAAUUCAACAAAUACAUCUCCGAUCCUGAUAACGAGGACCUUAAAAGCAACUGGGAUGUCACAAAAGUGGACUUGCCUGACCCUGACACAAUUGCAAGAACCAUGACCGACGAGAUCAGGGGCGGAGCUCUUAGUAGCACUUGGUCUAUCGAAGCGCUAACAAGCCUCAUGAAGAUCUGGUCUGACAUCGGCCGCAACAACGUUGCUCAAACAUUCGUAAAAGUUGGCCAAUUCUUAAGUGGAAAACUCGAUUCUCUAGAAGAAGGCCCUAUAAAGGAUUUUCUGAAGCUUAAUGCUUACGCUACGAUCACGUCGGUGGCUAGGAUACGCAAGGAGAGAAUGAUACAAGGGAUGACCGAGGACCUACGACCUUAA